AUGUCUGGAACAGGCGAUGCGCUGGAAGCAGCCAUCCUGCAGGGGGUCGAUGCGAACCCGGCCUCCACCUACCGCGAAGACCGUCGAGCCGCCGCAUCGCACUCGGCUCCCAAUACCGACGACGAGCUGGGCUCGGACCUCUCGGACCACGACGACGACCGCGACCUCUACCGGCGCGACGACGAGGACGACCUGCCCGCCGCUUCCACCUCCCCGCGCGGUGGGGAUGCAAUCAAGCGCGUGCAGAACUCGCGCACGGCAAACCGCGGUGCCGAAGGCGCCACCAAUACAGGCCCCAAGGGUGUGUUGCGCGAUCAGCAGCUGCGCGCCGCCCACGAAAGCGCCGCACGAUCAGCUGCCGUGCACGCCACCAACCGCCGCAUGGAGUCGCUCGCGCUCUCCUCGGAAUCCUACACGCAGCAGGUGGAGCGCGAACGCCGCGAGGCCGCCUUGCGUCUGCAACACGAGCUCGACCAAGACGAACACACCGUAAGCCGCGAAGCGAUCGCGGAUCUUCAGGCCAAGGAGCGUCGUCGCGAAGCACGGAUUGCCGAGUUGAAGGCGUUCCAUGCCUCUCGCAACCCCGCCCAUCCCACCACAGCAUCGAUGGGGGUGGGGAGCAACGAGCGGUGGUUCGGGCAUCUGCGCGAGGUGGACGAACGCGGCUACGUGGCAGCGAUCGACAACGAGGUGCACGACGUACCCAUCGUGAUCCACAUCUACUCCAAGGCCGUCGAGCAGUGCAACGUGCUCACCGCCGCCCUCGCCGCCCUUGCACGUGUCUACCCGCGCACCAAGUUCCUCCAGGUCCAAGCAGCCGCCAUCGGCUUCGGCCACAAUGCCGAUGAUGACGACGAAGAGUUUGACGAGCUCAAUCCAAAGACCCUCGAGGUGCUACCCACCCUCCUUGUCUACCGUGCGGGGAAUCUGGUGGCCAAUUUGGUGCGUGUGGAUCUCGACCCCCUGUGGAACCACGGUACGGAACAGGAUAUUCGCACUCUGCUACAGCAUCACGGUGCCGUUCCCGCCUCCUCCCAACCUGCCCUAGCCACAUGCACAUCCACACCGCACCAUGAUUCGGAUGACGAUUGA